UUCGUAAAUAAAGGCACUAUUUUGAUUAUAAUUAGUUGUUUCCUGUUUAAAUUUCAACCUUGUUCCUCCAUAUUCUUCCAUUAAUUUGAACGGACGAGUGUCCGCGCAGUUUUUAUUACGAAGGUUCAUACCGGAAGUCCUUACGUUUGUUCAUGCUAGCUUGACAGAAGACUGGAAAACGACCAGAUGGAAUUCUGCACUGGCUUCUUAACAGAUUCCACACAUUGUAAAUUGUAUCGCACACAUAUUUAGCUGACUUUCCUUCAAACAACCAGCCCUGGCGUGACAACCAAAGCCUAUCUGGGAGGCUCGGCUGCGCUGUGAACCGGGACAGAAGCGGUCAAGACAUUUGGAUACCCUUCCAAACAUCUUCCCACUGUCCCAAGGCGAGUGUGUGUCCAUCAUGCCUCUGUUUGGUAAAUCCCACAAGAGUCCGGCGGACAUUGUCAGGACCCUGAAGGAAAACCUGGCCAUCCUGGUCAAACAGGAUAAAAAGACAGAUAAGGCGUCUGAGGAGGUGUCAAAGUGUUUGGUGUCCAUGAAGGAGAUUCUGUACGGUAGCAACGAUAAGGAGCCUCACACCGAGACGGUGGCCCAGCUGGCCCAGGAGCUGUACAACAGUGGCCUGCUGAUGUCCCUGGUAGAAAACCUGCAGGUCAUAGACUUUGAGGUAAGGAGAGAAGGGUGUAAUCAUGAUAUUAGUCCACAAGUUCUCAGUCGUCUCCUGGACUGCAACAUAAAGCAGUGCCCAACACCACAGUAUGAGAAACAUCCCCAUAACAUCUUUAUACUGCUGAAAGGGUACGAGACACCCCAGGUAGCUUUGAAUUGUGGGAUCAUGCUGAGGGAGUGCAUCCGCCACGAGCCGCUCGCCAAGAUAGUUCUUCAUUCGGAUCAUUUCCAAAAUUUCUUUAAGUACGUGGAGAUGUCCACCUUCGACAUCGCCUCUGACGCCUUCGCCACCUUCAAGGAUCUGCUGACAAGACACAAAGUGCUUGUGGCUGAAUACCUCGAACAGAACUAUGACGCUGUGUUUGCGGACUACGAGAAGCUGCUGCACUCUGAGAACUACGUCACCAAGAGGCAGUCUCUGAAGCUCCUGGGCGAGCUGUUAUUGGACAGACAUAACUUCACGGUGAUGACGCGCUACAUCAGCAAGCCUGAGAAUCUCAAGCUGAUGAUGAAUCUGCUACGAGACAAGAGCCCCAACAUCCAGUUUGAGGCCUUCCAUGUCUUCAAGGUUUUUGUAGCGAACCCCAACAAGACGCAGCCCAUCAUCGACAUCCUGCUCAAGAACCAGACCAAGCUGAUCGAGUUCUUGAGCAACUUCCAGAAGGAUCGCACCGAUGACGAGCAGUUCAACGACGAGAAGACCUAUCUAAUCAAACAGAUCCGGGAUCUGAAGAAACCGCCGUCCUAGAGAAGCAUCCCUCCUCUGCCCUUUACCCCAACUUUUUAUCAAUAGGAAGACAUACAGUAGAAAAAAACACACAGUAACACUAACGGUUACCCUAUUUCAAUCUUCAAGACGUUAUUUGUCUUUUUUCUCUUUGUUGGUUCAUUUGAAACUUGUGCAAAGUUUCUUUUGCCAUUUUUUUCCCAUGACACCUUGUUUUUCUUUCAUCUGUAGCAUGUAGUGCCACGACUCAUGGUGUUGGAGGCGGCAGAUUUGCUGUUGGGAGAACCAGCUGACAUGACUUUUUUUUUUUUUUUUUUUUUUUUAAUGCUAUUACAGUCACCAGUUGCAGAUGCUCUGUUAGGCUCUGCACUCAAGUUGAUUUUUUUUUUUUAUCUAAAUGAAGUAGCUGCAAAACAAAACUUAUAAUGAAGAAUGAAUGCUUUUGUUUUUUAACAGGGCCGAUGUGUCUGGUCGUCGUCGCUAAAAGCUUUGUUAGCCAAAUUGCACCGGUAAUUCUCAGCUGCCUUCUGCUUGCCAAACGUCUCUUUCCUAUUGCAACUGCCAAAGUCAAUGAUGGAUCACGUGUUGUCCCCCUAAAACUAUAAAGCAUCAUCAGACUCAAAUACUAACGGAUUUGUAGCAUUGCCAAGUCAACUAGGAAAAAAAAGUUAAGCAAGUUCUCUGAAAUUGAGAACCCGCUACAGAUGAAUGAAGGCUGGUUUGUCUCUCACAUGAUAAUAGCAUUCACCAAGAUUUGGCACUUAGUAAUACUAAGAGAGAAAAGAGAGAGAAGAAUUGUAGGAAUAUUUUAAGUCUUUAAAAUGAAGGGCCUUCUUAAUUAAACAUUGAGCUGCUAUCGGUACAGUAAGCUUCAAACAUUUGGAUCAGUGGUUCUCUUUGCCGGUGGCUGAUAGCACUUUCUGUAUGAUAGGAUUCAUUUUGGUGUUAUACUUAAGCUGAUCACUGUUUUCCCUAUUGCUUGAGGGUCAUUUUUUUAAAUAUGUGUGUGAGUGUGUGUGUCUGUCUAUAUAUAUAUAAUAUAUAUAUAUAUAUAUAUAUAUAUAUAUAUAAUAUAUUAAAUAUUAUAUUAUAUAUUAUAGUUUCUUGUCAUGUACAGUUUAGGGUUAGUACACCUGAUGGGAGUGCCAUUGUGAGUGAAAACAUUGAACAUUAACAGGAGGUGUGGAGGAGAGCAGCUGUAAAUAUGGCUGUUUGGGUGUCACUCCUCUUUCUUUCUGUGUUGUAUGUAACAAGGGUUUUGCUCUGAUUUGGAUCUUAUGUUAGAAACAGGGGAGAAGAUUCAGAGGUGCUUUUACGGUCUGGUGUGUUGUCCCCGGUUUGUUGUAUUUUCAGUAUCUUUCCAGGGGGACCUUAAUUAUUAUGUUAAUGAAAAUAUGCUCUGGAUAGAACAUAUUUGUUGUGAUUAAGCAGUGAACCUCUUAGUUCACUCUUUUUGAGUUAUGCUGUCAAAGAAACUAGUUUUGCAGCUGAUUGGUUGUCAUUGUGUACAGACCAGGGUCCCAGCUUCACUUUGAGUUUCAAUCUGCGAAUUACAAACUGCGUCGGCUACAAAGUCACCGGGAGACUUGUCGCAGCGUGAGGCCAAAACUGUAACUGUGAAAAAUACCAUAGAAUGUGUAAAAUCAAUGAGGUUAAAACACUACUUUUAAAGAACUAUUGCUUUUAAACUUAAAAUAGCUUUGCAAAAAUUGUUUAAAUUUUCUAAAAAAUUACAUUGGCACUUAUGAACUUUUGAAAUUUCUGAAUUUCUUUCCCAAUCGAUUUUGAUUUGAUGUGCAUCUAUUAGGUUACUUUAAGCUCCCACGGAUGUUGUGAUGAAUGACAAUAACAAACCUCCUAACUUAGGACACUUUAAACACAUUUAGAAAUAUUUAAAGAGUACUGUCUACCUGCCACAGUGAAUCCUAACAGUAAGAGGCAGUAGUAGAGUGCAGCUGGGUGACGGUAACAGUCCUAAACCUGUAAAUUGUCAUUCCAUUCUUUUCAUCUGAAGUAGAAGAAUAAAAACAAUAGUUCUCCAUGAUUUGUCUUCUGGGCUAAA